UUUUGUUUCAUACCUUCCAGAUGGAGCAUUACCAAAACCUGGCAUUUUAGACUCUGUCAUUGCAGAGAAACACCAGAUGGUGGAGCUCAUGCCAGGGUCUGGUGUAUUUGUCUUCGUCCAAGAUAUUGAGGAAUGCAAGAAGGCAAAGACUGUGAUCUGUGGCACUCCUCAGCACGGCUGGCGGAUGGCCAAGCUAUUCAUGAACAAGUUCUGGUCUCGGGAGGAGUUUGUGGGAAGCAGUCUGGCCAAUACCCCCGGGAAAAGGGCUCUAGACCAGAGGACUACCAGUGCAAUCAAAGGCUUCUGUGUCCAGCCGACCACAGCGACGUAUGGACAAAUCAGACAGGCGAUGGCCUCGAAACUAACAAGUGCUACGGUGAAAGACCGCCUUAAAAGAACUGAAACAACAAUGUGAAUAAUAUAUGGAUUGAUGGGACAUCUCAAAAAAA